AGCUGGAGGCCAGAGCAGCGACGCUGGACCUGGACUUGAAUAUCAGCAAAGUGUCUCCUUGUUGGAUUAAUUUUGGCUUUCAUUGGUUUGAGUUGAGUUUUGGUGGCAGCAUCUUGGACCACGAGGUGAUACAACCUGGACGUUCUCUGUCCUGAGUGAGUUCUCCUCUUCUUCUUCUUUUGCAUUUCCUGCCGUGCUGCAGCUAUAUCCCCUGUGAAUGCUGACAGUGGUAGGAAACCCUCAGAAAAGAGGAGGUGACGUGGUUACCAUGUGGAUCCCGACACCGAGCAUGACUCUCCCUCAGCGGGUGGUGCUGUAUGGGACAUGCGUUGUGGCAUUAUUGAACUCUGUGGGCCUCCUGGUGCUCUUAGUCCAGCAGAACCAGCAGCAGACCUGGCUGGAGCAGACGGAGGCGAGGCUGGUGGAGGUGGAGCAGAGCUCGUUGGUGGAGUUCCUCCAGGAGGUGCCCAGGGGAGCGGCGGGGUUACGAGCAAAGGCUGGGGAACCGGCGCAGAACCAGUACCAAUACCAGUCCUCCAGGAACAAGAGGAGUGAAGGGCUGGAGAAGGAGUUCCAGCUGGAGGAUGCGCUGCCGCUGCACCCGGACAUCAGCCAGGAGGUGACGGAGGAAGAGGAGAAGAAGAUGAAGACGAAGCAUAAGCAUCGACACGGCCAGAGUCACCACAAGGCGCAUGUGCAGGACGACAUGAUGAUGAUGAUGACGUACUCCAUGGUCCCGAUUAAACUGUUGAUCGACAUUUGCAACAGCACCAAGGGAGUCUGCAUCGCUGGACCUCCAGGACAUCCUGGUUUGCCUGGUGCUGAUGGUCUGCCUGGCCACAAUGGGACUGAUGGCGUCCCCGGAAUAAAUGGACUGCCCGGGGCUGAUGGGAAAAGGGGAAAAAGAGGAGAAUCUGGUGACAAAGGAGAGCCUGGGGAGCCUGGGGAGCCUGGCGAGCCUGGAGUGCCUGGAGAGCCUGGGGAGCCUGGAGAGCCUGGGGAGCCUGGAGAGCCUGGGGAGCCUGGGGAGCCUGGAGCGCCUGGGGAGCCUGGAGAGCCUGGAGAGAAGGCAGAACCAUCCAAUGAUGUCAUUACUGAGGGUCCCCCUGGCCCUCCAGGACCUCCGGGACCCCCUGGACCCAUGGGUCCUCCUGGACCUCAAGGACCUCCCAAAACAAGGCAUCACAGAGCCAACCUUCAUGCUGCUCAAACCCUGGGGCAAAUACAUGCAAUUCCAAAUGAUGAGACGUCAUCAGUAAAGGAGGCUGAGAAACACCACGCGAAGCCUAUGAAGAAGAAUGAAUGCCUGAUAAAGUCUCUGAUCAACCCCAGGAAUGUGACAAAGAUGGAGACCACAUUUGGCACAUGGAUGAAAGACACCGCUCUGCUGGAUGACGAGCGAAUAUGGGUGGCAGAACAUUUCUCUGGUCGAGUGGUGAAAGAGUACAAAAGCAUCGCCUCCUUCCAGAACAACAGCAGUGACGUUGUGGAUGUCAGAAAGUUCUAUCAGGGCUGUGGCCACGUCGUCCAUAAUGGUUCCCUAUAUUACCAUAUAGCCGGUACUUCCAGCAUUGCCAGAUUUGUCUUCGACACCAAGAGGCUUCACACUCUCAGCAUAGACAACGCGUUGCACCACAGCCUCGCCUACCUGCUCCACAACUCCAAGACCUACUUCAAACUCGCGGCGGACGAGAGCGGCAUGUGGCUGAUCUUUGCCUCGAGUGUGGACGAGAGCAUCAUGGUGGCCCAGCUGGACCAGAAGACCUUCUCCGUCACGUCCUACAUAAACACCACCUACCCGCGCACCAAGGCGGGCAACGCCUUCAUCGCCUGCGGCGUCCUGUACGUCACCGACACCAAGGACACCAGAGUGACGUUCGCGUUUGACCUGCUGAAGGGGAAGCCGGUCAACAUGACCUUUGACCUGAGGCCUGCGGGCGGAGUUCUUGCAAUGCUCUCCUACAGCCCCAAGGACAGACACCUGUACGUGUGGGACCACAGCUACGUCAGGCUCUACGUGGUCCACUUCAUCUCUGAUGAGUGACGCGGACACGCCCACCUGGCAUGACCACCUACUCCUUACUCCGUCAUUAGAAACUGCUCAUAUUUAGGUUUCUUAAGAGAAAGGAAACAUAUCAAUCUUAUUUUUCUCCCGGAAAUCGUCCAAUAUAAAGACUGCUGUAUUUAUGUGUUUGCAACAUACAUGUGAGGUUUUAAAUUAACAGUGUGAAAACGUGUGUUUUCUAUUAGUAUUAUGUAUGAAAUGAAUUUAAAACUGUAGUGCGUAACUUUAAAUAUAGCUGGAACAAAAGACUAGUGUCAAAUGAGUUCAUACCACCCUGAUUUAAGAUUUAAGUGUGAAACAUUUAGGGGGGUUUAUUGACAGAUGUAUGUCUGUAAAAGUGUAUUAUCACGUAUAAAUUAAGGACUCUAGGCAAGGGUCUUGAUUUACAGAGCCACCAUCUUGUGCUACCAGCCCAAAAGGGACAAAACAGUUGGAGCUGGUGUUUUGCAUUUUGAAGUUAAUGUUCACUCCAUAAAGAUACACACUUGACUUCAAGUCUAUCAGUUCCGCAUAGCCAUCUCCGUUUCCCA